CGAAGGAAAAAAGGAACGCGUCCGAACGUUUCCUCAUCUCUCUAUAAGAGAUCCGAUUCCCCACCUCCUCCGAAUUCAUCCACCAAAUCCUCAAAACCCUAGCAGCCAAAUCCGACCCGAUUCGAAGAGUUCUCGUCUCGCUCCCUUGAAUCCGCCGCAGACCAGUCGAUUUCCCAAGGAAUCAUCGCACAGAUGGCGCAGUCCGGCAGCGACGCCGCCCCGAUCAGCACGCACCCCACCGAGCAGGAGGAGGAGGUGACGGUGGAGAGGACGCCGGAGGAGGAGGAGGCCAGGCUCAGGUACCUCGAGUUCGUGCAGCAGGCGGCGGCGCAGGCGGUCGUGCUGGCCGCCGCGGCCUACGCCUACGCCAAGCAGGGCGCGGGGCCGCUCCGCCCCGGCGUCGACCACGUCGAGGGCACCGUCAAGGCCGUCGUCGGGCCCGUCUACGACCGCUACCACGCCGUGCCGCUCGACCUCCUCAAGUUCCUCGACCGCAAGGUUGACGAGUCUGUCCAGGAACUGGACCGCCGUGUUCCACCGGUUGUGAAGGAGGUGCCGACCUAUGCCCGCUCUGCGGCGGCUGAGGUGCACAAGACCGGCUUAGUAGGCACAGCCACGGGCCUGGCCAAGUCUGCCAUUGCUCGCGCUGAGCCAAAGGCUCGUGACCUCUACACCCGCUACGAGCCUGUGGCGGAGCGCAAGGCUGCCGAAGCUUGGGCUGCCCUCAACCGUCUCCCGCUUGUCCCGUCGGUGACCAGGGCUGUCCUCCCCACCGCUGCACAGCUCUCAGCCAAGUACAAUUCUGCCGUGCUUGACGGGGCCAAGCGCGGGAACUCUGUUGCCACCUACCUCCCGCUUGUCCCCACGGAGCGCAUCGCGAGGGUGUUCUCCUACCCGCCUACCGACGCUGCUGCAACCGCGGCUCCUGAGAUGCAGCCCAUCCCGACGCAGUAAUGAUGAUAACUUCAUCAAGCCUGAAUUAUGUUACUCCCUAGUAGCUAGUAUCUUGUGUAGUGUCUUGUGAACUGGGUUGUCGUGUGGAUGUUACUACGGUUUCUGCCUGUGUAUGGACGUGACUUGUACUGUGCUGCAGCAUCUGCUUUGAGUUUUAGUUUGUUGCAUGAACCAUUUGUAAUGCUUUAAAUUUACAUGAUAAUCCAUCUGUAAAUUCGUACCA